AAUUCUAAAUAAAAUUUAAAAAACAGUUCUGCGGAUCAGCUGUAGGACACUUAAACAAAUACAAAUAAUCAUUUUCGUUCAUUGGGGGAAAAAACAAUAUCGGUUAAUCUCUGCUGUAAAUGGUGCACUAGUUUGCUUGUGUCAACACAAUAAUGUUAGGUAGCCCUUCAAAUAACGGAGGCAUUAGGAUGCUGGCCCCCCCUGCACCCAAUGAUGACAGGCGGGUUGAGUUUGUGGCUCUCACGGCUGUUCACACUGAAAGAAGCGAGCCAUCGACCCCAGAGCGCGGACACCCGUCUCACCGCACCGGCUUACUGGGCACACCGCUGCCGGUGCCACCGGGCCCGAGGGCGACCACUUCUGCCUCCAGCAAACGCUACAGAAAGUUACAGAACUGCCUGUACAACGUGCUGGAGAGACCCAGAGGAUGGGCGUUCAUCUAUCAUGCCUUCAUUUUUCUCCUAGUGUUCAGCUGUCUGGUGCUUUCUGUUUUCUCCACCAUCCCAGACCAUCAAACAUUUGCCAACGAGGGGCUCUUCAUCCUGGAGUUUGUGAUGAUCGUGGUUUUUGGGCUGGAGUACUUUGUUAGGAUCUGGGCAGCCGGAUGCUGCUGUCGGUACAGAGGAUGGCAGGGUCGGCUACGGUUCGCCAGAAAGCCCUUCUGCGUCAUAGACUUCAUUGUCUUUGUGGCGUCGCUGGCAGUGAUAGCAGCGGGCACACAGGGAAACAUCUUCGCCACAUCUGCUCUGCGCAGCAUGCGUUUUCUGCAGAUCUUGCGCAUGGUGCGCAUGGACCGCCGGGGAGGAACCUGGAAGCUGCUGGGCUCUGUGGUGUACGCUCACAGCAAGGAGCUGAUCACAGCCUGGUACAUUGGCUUCCUGGUACUGAUCUUUGCCUCGUUCUUGGUCUAUUUGGCUGAGAAGGAGGAUAACCAAGAGUUUUCCACUUAUGCUGACUCCCUCUGGUGGGGUACAAUCACCCUCACUACGAUCGGCUACGGUGACAAGACACCACACACCUGGCAAGGUCGUCUUUUAGCGGCUUGUUUUGCCCUGCUGGGGGUGUCCUUCUUUGCCCUGCCGGCUGGCAUCCUGGGUUCAGGUUUUGCUCUGAAAGUGCAGGAGCAGCACCGGCAGAAACACUUUGAGAAGAGGAGGACUCCCGCUGCCAACCUCAUACAGGCUGCAUGGCGUCUCUACUCUACAGAUGCUCAGCACUCAUAUCUCACAGCCACCUGGUAUUUCUAUGACAGUAUGCUGCCGUCCUUCAGAGAACUGACAUUACUGUUCAGUCACCUCCAACGGCAGCGUAGCACCAAGAAGGUUCUUCACAACUCCUACCACACCUUGCUGUCGGGGCUCCGGCCGUAUAGCUCCCCCUACCUGUCUGGGGACAGUGGGAAGAUGGGCUUCCGUGACCGCAUUAGGAUGAACAAUUCACGCUCCUCUCAGGCUAUCCGGAGCAAGGCUUCUCCUUUACCCCCAGGUAAUGUUCAGCGUUCCCCCAGCACGGAGAACGUUCCUGAAGCCACCAGCCCCGGCAAGGUCCAGAAGAGUUGGAGCUUCAAUGAUCGGACUCGAUUCCGUACCUCUCUCCGCCUAAAACCACGCCCCGCUGCAGAUGUGGAGGGAGUAGGAGAGGAGCACACAGAGGACAAAUCUUACUGUGAUGUCGCCAUGGAGGAUGUGAUACCAGCAGUAAAGACCCUUAUUCGUGCUGUUAGGAUUCUUAAAUUCCUGGUGGCCAAGAGGAAGUUUAAAGAAACCCUGCGGCCUUAUGAUGUGAAAGAUGUGAUUGAGCAAUAUUCAGCUGGACACCUCGAUAUGCUGGGCAGAAUCAAAAGCCUGCAGACAAGGGUGGAUCAGAUCAUAGGCCGAGGUACCAUUUCAUCAGAUAAAAAAGUGAGGCCUGAAAAAGGGGAGAAAACUCCUCCUGAACUGGAACAGAUGGACGAAUUAAGCAUGAUGGGGCGCGUGGUGAAAGUGGAGAAGCAGGUGCAGUCAAUCGAAAAUAAGCUGGACCUGCUCCUAAACUUCUACUCCCAGUGCCUGAAAAAGGGCUCGUCCCACUUCACCCUGUCGUCCCUGCUGGAACCCGACUUGACCUCUGACUACCACAGUCCCACCGAUCAACGUGACCUGUUCCCCUCCGCAAACACCCUUAAUAUCUCCCACUCAGACAGUGGCAACAUGGAAUGACCCCAGAGACACCCGGCAGCAGUCCCGCUCUGACUGUAGCAUCAGGGCACCUCAUCCAAAGGCUAAAUACCUCCCUAAAUUAACCUAGCACAGUUCCUCUAAACAACUGCUGUAUCCUUGCAUGGGUUCAUCCUUUGCACAGUGGAUGGUGGCUUCUGGCCAACCUUUCUAGACUUUGCCUUGCAAACUAUGCCCUGAUAUUUCGCAAUAUGUCCAGUUUUUAUUUGUAACAGUCUUUCUUCUUUUUACUUUAUUUCAACUGAUUCAGGAAAGUUUUAGAGAAAUAUUCUUACAUGGAUGAAGAUAUUAUUGAGGUUUUGUUGAACAUUUGGACUUCUUCCAGUAGAUGGCAGAGUUUUAUCUGAAGUGGUCUUCAACCGUCACUUUUUAUCAGUCUUCCAAAAUAUGUGGGGAUGAAUCUCUUGACUGCUACAAAACUGUCCCCUUUACAUUUCAUUGAUGGUAUUUCUUUCUGGAAGUCUCUGUGCCAAUAUCGUUUCUUGGUUUUGUUGAGUUUUUGAUAACCAGUAGGCCCCCAGAGCAAUUCUAUUUUUCUGUCAGUCUUUUUUUCUGAGAAAUCAGGGCAUUGUGAACUGAAUUUGAAUUUCGGACUCUCCUUCUCGGCCUUGGCCUUGCACUUUGGCCUGAUGCAAUAGACUCCUUGUGCCACCAGAAGUUGCUGAGCUUCUAAUGAAUGUACUGCAUCCAAUACUUUUCCUUUAUUUAUCACUGACAUGUCCUUUGAGAAAACGGCAUCACAGAUUGCUAUAAAGACCAGCAUGAUAGACUGAUGGACAGUAUUUCCACCAAAGCCUCAUCUCCUGUCAUUUUGUUCUUGCAUGGUUCCUCUUGCCACUUCAGGAAGGAAGGAACUUCAAAAUGUGAGACCCUCAGGUUUCCUUCGCACAUCUCUUUGGCUUAUUGGGUCCCUCUCUUCUGCGAUAGCACCCUGCCACUGCAUCAUCUCUCAGAAGCCCACCGUGCAAAAAA